AGAUUCCAGCAGAUGGUUUGGAAACUUUCCUCCAGGAGCCACCUUGUCCCCUUCCCUGUCCCCUCACUGCUUUACACUGUCUCCAACUCCUUCACAAAAAUCAUCAUCUCCAGAGGACCCAGCUCUGACGUCCACUCCCUGCUCUGUUUCACCUCCCUGGUUUGGACACACUUUUCUCCACCUGAAUCAAAGAGCUGUACUUUCUGCUCUGUGAGGACAGAGACUCCAACCAUGUCCUCAGAUUUCCUCACACCGUUCUUGGAGCUGGAUGAGGAGUUUUACAAGAAUUUCCGCGGCCUGGAGGCAACAGAUGGCCGACAUGUCUGCUCACAGCAGCAGCAGCAGCAGCAGCAGCAGCAGCGCAGUCAGAGGCUCCUGGGCUUCCAGCGUCGUCACUCUCUCUGCCCUGUCACCCUCCCCAACUCGAAGUUCAACAGCAGCAGCUUCGAGGUGAACGACUCCACCUGCUGGGGCCUGGGUUUGGUCCCCAACCAGCAGUGGUGCAGGGAGAAUCAGCUGCCGCGCUCCACGCUCAGCCACAUCCCGUUCAGGGUGGACCGAUCUGUCAGCAUGAUUGAAGGCAGCGAGCGGAGCCUGGUGCACAAAGAAGACAAAGUCCCCAGUGUGUCCCCGUCGGUGCUGCUGCCCCCCCCAGGCCUGUGCCUCAGCAGCACUUCUAUCUCCUCCACUGCCUCCUCUGCCUCCAGACCAGCAGCUCCAUCACCUCACAUCUCAACCCGCUACAAAACCGAACUCUGUCGCACAUAUGAAGAAAAUGGAACCUGCAAGUACGGAACAAAGUGUCAGUUUGCCCACGGUGUGGAGGAGCUGCGGGGCCUGAGCCGACACCCCAAAUAUAAGACGGAGCCCUGCCGCACUUUCCACACCAUAGGCUUCUGUCCGUACGGAGCCCGCUGUCACUUUGUCCACAACGGUGAUGAGCUGACCGCCUGCAGCGGCAGCAGCAGCAGCAGCAGCAGCAGCACAUCAGCCCAGCAGCAGAAGUUGAAGCCUCCUCUGCUGCGUCACAGCCUCAGUUUUGCUGGGUUCUCUUCUGCACACAUGUUCCAUCCAGUGGAGGAGUCCCAGCCCUCCUCCUUCCUCUUCACCAGAGCGCCCUCUGUCUCUCCACCUCCAUCCUCCUCUGGUAGCCCAGAGCUUCUCUCACCACUGUUUCCUGAGCCUGCCCCACUGAAGCAUUGCUCCUAUCACUUUUCUGGCAUCACAGACCUCACAGGCGACAGUAGUGACUGUGGUUUGCAUUUUUACGGCGUAAAGGACUCCAUCGGUACCAAACCGCCGGCCUCUGCUUUUACCACCAAAAAGCUCAAACUUCCGUAUGGCCUGGGCCAGCAGCUGCCGGUCUCAGUCAGCGGCCUGCCCGGUCUGCAGCGCUGCUCCUCCGCUGACUCUCUCUCUGAGGAGGGCUACACCUCCUCCUGCUCCACCAGCUCUUCCUCUAGUGGCACAGAGUCACCAAGCUUCGAGGGCAGACGCCUGCCCAUCUUCAGCCGCUUGUCUAUCUCAGAUGAGUAGGAAAAGUUUUACUGUGGGGCUGAAUGUAUGCAGGGGCAGAUGGUGCUGCUGUUUUACCUCUGUGUGACCACGCUGUAAUAUUCAGACAUUAAAAGGUCGAAGGUCAUAAAAGUUCAAACAGCCGCUCCUCGGUUCCCUCCUGAACACAGCCCAGUAAACGUAACUAACUUUGUGCAUAUUGCAUUUCUCAUCCUAGCAGUUGUAUCGCUGCUCAGUGUUUGUCCAUUUUUAGCUGACUUUUCUGUUAUUCUUAUUUUUGUAAUGUUUUAAUAGUUUUAUUACUCUUCUUGUAUACCAUUGUAUACCUGUUUAAAGAGCCAAGCCAGAGGGCAGGUCUCUGACCCUGUAUGCUCCUGGUUAUAUAUAUUAUGAAGCUACAUCUGCCAACUUUAUGUAGCUUAACAGAAGAAAGUUUGUUUUUUUAUAUCAACUUCCCAGUUUACGUCAUCCACACAGUCCCUGUCACCUUGGUCCAGCGGCCCUCACUUUGACCCACGUUGAUAAGUUAAACACAAUCCCAGGCUACACACAGACUGCGUAGUUACCAAAGUUGAUUCUAAAGUUUUCCUAACCUGCUAGUCCUGCUAACAUGUAACCUUUAGUGUUUAGCCCUGACCAUGAAUAUACAGUGUUGGGAAUUUGGACUUUAUCAUUAGAUGUAUUUAUUGCUUUUUUAUAAUGUGCUGUAUGUAAUUAUGUUUUGGGGGGGGGGUUCUGUUGUUGUUGUGAUGUCCGAAAACGUACGCUUUACUACAUGUCCUCUUGGAUUACACAACGCAGUUGUUUAAAGAGGCGGGUGCUGAGGUGAGAAGGAGCAGUCAGGAAAAUGUUUUGGCAUUCUGUAAGUCUGUUGCCUUACUGAUGGAAUGAGCUGACAGAAAAUGCUCAUUAAGUUUUUUAAUCACUCUGUUAAAGUAGUUUUGCUAAUAAUCAAUGAUUAAAACUGCAGUAGUGAGUCCAUCUCCUCAUCACAUGUACUUCUAACGAUGCUGUAGUCAGAACAUAGAAGUCAACAGGGUUUCCAGACAAUGUCAUGGACCAAUAUAACCACAUCUUUGGAAGCUGCUCAACCAGAGGCUCGUGUGGAAUUUUCCUUUCAGUCCUAGAGAAAAUAUGACCUUUUUCUAUCGGAAGCCAGAUAAAGACAAUUUGUAACUCACUGCUGCAUAAAUCUGUGUGGAAUUUCACCGAGAACCAUUUAGUUCUUGCCAGAUUGCUUAUUUCUUGCUGUUGCAGAUAAAACAUUAAGUUCUUCAUAAAUUUAGUUAACUUAAACUGUCUUAUUUAUUUCUGCCUUUUUUUUUAAAGAAAAAACUUAUAUUGUGUUGUGUUUGACAAUAUGUUUUAUGUUGGAUGUAAUUUAAGUGCAUUUAUUGUUUACAUUCCUUGUGUGAAGACGAUGAUAUUUCAGCUCCUUAUCUUAAUAUAUUUGUUAACAUGCUCAAAAUAAAUGUCCAUGUGAAAAUAAAAGUAUUUCCUGAACAAUAA